AUGGCUCGAGCUGGACGAUGCCUUCAGAUGGCCAUUUGCCUACUGGCGGCGCACAGUGCAAAUGCAGACACCUUCAAGGAGAAGAAAGGCCUCAGAGCACCACAGUCAAACGCUGCGGCCUUCCGAACGGAAGUGCGGAAUGCCAUGGACGAGGCCCUGGGCUGCGGUGGAGAGGUCAGCGACGAGCAUUUGCAGGCCAUCGAAGAGGUGCUGCUCCCCAUGUACGUCACCCUGCCGAAGAAUGGCUUUGACCGCAUCGAGCGCCGCUCCCUCCGGUAUUUGGCCUACCGCUACUUCCACCGGAAGUCAGCUUUGGUGGUCCACGGCUUUGAGCCUACCCGGGUGGUCAAUGAUUCCAGCUGGGGGGCCGCAGCCAUCCUUAGCGAGCAGGUGCCGGGCUACGUGGAGUCGGUACUGGAGUCCUCGCACGCGGCGGAGCACGGCUUCGACAUCCACGACGCCGCGCACAUGGUCGCGGUCUUGGAGCAGCUGAUCUUCGACUCAGAGAGCUCCUUGCUGGAGAAGGUCUACAACUUGCAGCACAAGCCGAUGACGCGGGCCCUGUCCGACCAGGGCCUUCAGCAGCUUUUGGAGGCCUACAUCGCCAUUUGGAUGGCUGGCGACGACGUCAUUUCCGUGCUGGGAAACAACCGGGAGCUGGCGGAGAUCUUCCCUCACUGGGACUUCAUCCUGAAGUUUGUGCGCGGCCAGAUCCAGGCUCUCCAGCACCAGCGUCAGACGCCGGUAUCUUCAGCGCGGAAGGGCGGCAACGCGCUGCUCAAGCGCUUUUCCUUCGAGGAUGCCCACACAGUGGUAGGUGGAAUCACCAAGUCCUUCGCCUCUUUCUGGGAGUCUGAGUGCAGGGCCAUGAAGCACAAGCUGGUGACCUUGGACCGGAAGCGCACGGGCCGGGUGCCGCUGGCCAAGUUCUACGGGAAGUCGCUGAAGGACGACGAGUGGCGCUUCGGGGAGUCCGAGUCCUAUCUGCGUGAGCUCGGCGCCCUGGACGAGACCUCCUGGCUGGGCAAGCAGGUGAUCAUCCCCAACUACAUCCAGGGUGCUUCCAACUGCAUCGUCACCGCGAAUCACUACUCGGUGUGCUGCAUCAACGAAUGCGAGCCCAUCAUGGCGGAUAUCGAGGCAGAGGUGGCGGGCCCCUUUGCGGAGGUGGAGCACCUCAUGUCGCUGGUGGGCAACAUGACGGCGCUCACCACCCUGGAGGACGAGGUGGACGUGCAUUUGGACAAGUCCCUGGUGGCGCAGCUGCAGGCCAUCGCCAAGGAACACGGGGGGAAGGUGCCGAUCCACGGGCGUCUCUUCGCCCAGUGGCUGCACUACGUCUUCCCCCGGGACUGCGCCUUCCCCUACAAAAGCGGCCAGACCCAGGCCUUGUCCCCCAGCCAGUUCGGCAAUGGCUACUUGGCCUCAGAGGAUGAGAUGGAGACCCACGCCAAGGACACCACGGCAGAGAUCCCCUUGGCCACCAUGAAGCGUGAGGAGCUGCAUUGGAUGUCUCAGUGGAGCGAAGAGGAGGAGCUCAUCGUGAGCUACGAGGGCCACAUCACGGCAGGGAAGUCCUUGGAGUUUCUCAAGGUGCUGGGCUUCGGGUGCUUCGCCGUGGCGGUGCUCAUCGGGGGCAUCAGCUUCAACCGCAAGGGCCAGGUCUCGAACCAGCCCUUCCUGCUGCCCGGCGCUGGCAGCAAGACGCACUUUGUGUGA